AUGGCCUCUCACUCUCAGGUUUUGGUGGAAGAGAAAUCGAAUGUUAGAAUCUUGAUACUAAACAGAUCAAAGCAGCUUAAUGCUCUGUCUUCACACAUGAUCUCUCGGUUGCUACAACUGUUUCUUGCGUAUGAGGAUGACCCUAGUGUGAAACUUGUCAUUCUAAAGGGUCAAGGAAGAGCCUUUUGUGCUGGUGGAGAUGUUUCAGCUGUUGUUCGUGAUAUAAGACUAGGAAACUGGAGACUUAGUGCUGCUUUCAUGUCAGAUGAAUACAAGCUCAACUAUGUUAUGGCCACAUAUAGCAAACCUCAGGUUUCGAUUUUGAAUGGUAUUGUCAUGGGAGGUGGAGCUGGUGUUUGCAUCCAUGGUCGAUUUCGUAUUGCCACUGAGAACACGGUAUUCUUAAAAUGGACCAAAUUUGGGAACCGGAAGAGGUAA